AUGGAGGACGACGAGCCUGAGGCUCUCUCCCCGCGAGGCAGCGACGACGGCGACCAUCUCUUCGACUUUGCCUCGCCCCGCUCUCGAGACGUCUUCCGCGCGUCGCUCUCUCUCUCUAUGCCGUGUGGAGACAGCGAGUCGAAUCCCUCCUCUGCCUCGUCGUCUCUCUCAGCCGCGACGUCGUGUUGCUCCUUGGCGUGCACCCCUACUGCGGCGGCCGCUUCUCUUCCGGCGUCGUCCCCGGCAGCCGCGUUUGCGUUGUCGCCGGCUUCUUCCUCCUCUGCUUCUUCUUCCUCAGCAGCUUAUCUUUCUUCAUCUGCCGCCUCUUCUUCCUCCUCUGCAGCCUCGCGCAGCCCACGCGCGUCGCCUCCGCUGCAAACCGACGCAGCGGAGAGGGACGAGGGGGCACGCGCGAGUGAAGACGCGUCGUCAGGUGUGCCUCAGCGAGGCGGCACUUGUGAAAAGUUCGAUCGGCCGUCAUCUGGGAGCUGUGCACAGCCGGAUAGAUGCGUUCUCGAGGUUGCUGGGAAGAACGCGGCGUGCUUCUCUCCGCGGCACCCUUUCCCGGACCACGACUGCGCCUCCACGGGCAGUCAGACGCCUCCCGAGUCCGACGUGUCGUCGUCGGCCGCUUCCUCCUCUUCCUCUUCCUCCGUCGCGCCGUCUUCUCCCCCUGUGUCGACUUCUCGCGUCGGUCCCGGGGCCACUUCCUCACCGUCGUCCCUGGUGCUCGUUGCGGGGCCGGUGGAGAGCUGCGAGGCCUUUUCGCCCCGUCUGCCGUCGGACGCCGAGGACCCCGGGGCUGGAGGGGGUGGUCGCGCGGGAUCUCCGGACUCCUUCUUCUCUAGGCGUGCAGGACGAGCGCGGGGGGGGGGCUUCGACUCGCGUCUGUCGUCUUCCGCGGCAGCGUCGGUGGCCUCUGAGCGGCGCGCCGCGUCUGCUGAGUUGGACGUCGUUGCGCGCUCGGUCUCCUUUCCUCCCCACUCGUCUCAUCAUCCUCCUUCGCUCUCGUGUGGCUCUUCUCCCGCGGCGCCCUCCUCUCCGUCUGUCGGCGCCGCGGCGGCCGCGGGCCUGCUCGCCGCCUCCCUUCCUGUCUCCGCGCUUCCGCGGUCUUCGUUCUUCUCUUUCGGCGAGCAGAGCGGCGAGAAGGCCGCGGACUCCCAGUUUCUGUCCUCAGCAGGGUCGCUCCUGUGGACGUUCGGGAAGAAAAUCAGCUCCAGCGGAAAAGCAGCCGCCGAGGCAGCGGCGCAUGCCGCGACACGCGCGGCCCUGGUCACCGUCGGCGAGCCGACAAUCAUCCCUGCGUCUCCGUCGAGCGCUGUAGAUCACGCAGAAAUGCGCAGCGACCCUCGCAGAGAAGAAGCGAACUUCGCGCCGUCUGAGCCAGACGAAAGCGAGGCUGGAGGCCCGCGGUGUGCAAGAGGAGAUUUGAGAGCCGAGGCCGGCAGCGAGGAGGAACCGAUCAGCGCGAAUCAGGACGCAGCAGACAAAGCGAAGGAACUGCAGAUGGCAGAAGAAGGGAAAGCAGCGACACGCUUGUAUGAGGCAGAAGGAAGCGAGGAAGAGGAUCAGACCAACGCGUCCCCGCGGGUGGCGCCAAACUGCGAGAGGAAAAGGGAACCACGGAGUGAAGAAGAGCUACGGCAGGAAAUCGAAGCGCUCAGGCAACAAGUCCGAACGUACCACGAAGUUCUUGCCCAGAUGAGCUUUCAUCCGCCUUCCUCGCGGAAGGAUGGCGCGGAUGCCCUGCCUGCUCAGGAGGCGAGGAGCGCGAGCGUGAGGGACCUUGACGGCAACGCUGGCGACAGUGCGGAGGACGCGGAAGACCGAGGAGAAGAGGCAACAAAAGCGUUGGAGCUGCAAAAGGAGCUGAUUGAAGCACUAUGCAGUGCGGCAGCUGACGCCGCGGCGGCAGCGGCUCUCACUGCAACGAAGGCCGCGUUUCGUGCUGCGCCGCAGCGUCUCUUCACGCCAGACUCCUCUCCAGUCUGCUCUCGAGGUGCGAGCGACGCAGGGGGCACUGCGCGUCUCGCAGGCGCCGGGGGGGCGGCCUGGAGCCCAGACGUGGGCGCCGUCGCCGCGGCGACCGCGGUCGCGCUCUACGACGACCGGGUGCUUCUGGGUCGCCUGGAGUCGCUGGUGAAGGCCUCAGCGAAGACGCGGCGGGACUCGCGGCGAAGAGAGGAAAGCCCUCCCGAGGGGGGGCAAAGCCCCGUUGAGAAGGACGGCGCAGGAAAAAACGAGAAAGGAGAGGAGGAAAGCAAGCAGACAGAGAGUCUCUCCCGUAGGCGGCGGAGGACCGGCUCGUUGGGCGCGGAGGACGACGAGGCGACCGCGCGGUUGCUGGGCAAGAUUCAGACUCAGCAGUUUGAGCUCGAUCGGCUGCGAGACACGAACGAGCGCCAGGGCAAGCAGCUGCUUCAGCUGACGCUCCAGCUGACGUCGCUGAAGACUGAGGCGGAGGAGCGGAGUCUCCAGGCGCGCGAGAAGCAGGCGCAAGAGGAGGCGCGCGACAAACAGAGACAGGAGCGCGAAGAGGCGAGGGCGCGCGAGCAGGUCGAGGCGCGAGAAGCUGAGCUGCUGGAGAAGCACAGAAAAGAACUCGAUGAACUGACGGCCGCGGCUGCGGAGAGCUUCGAGCUCAAGUGCCACCUCCAGGAUCUUGCCAAGGCCUGCAACAGCGCCAGAGACCGAGCGACGGCUCUCGAGGAAGAAGUGGCCUCUCUGCGGAGAGACCUCGCUGCGCGAGACGCGAAGCCUCAGGAGCUUGGUCAAGGCUCGGGCUUGGUUUCUUCUUCUUCUAACUCUUCACAUUCGUCGUCGCCUUCUUCCCCGCCGUCCGCUGACUACACUUCUUCGUCUGGGGAGGUCGCUUCCUCAGAGCGGAGGUCGCUGACAAGCUCUGGAAAAGAGGGAGAGAAGGAAGGCUUAGCGCUGGAGAAUGCAGAUGAGGGCGUGACCGAGGCGACAGACAACACUGGAGCGUCUCCGGAGGAAAACGGCGGCACGCCUCGCCGGUCUGCGGCGACCGUUUCUGUGGCGGUUCAGGUGGGCGAAGGGGCGGAGCAGGCACCUGGCAGCGAAGAGAGGCGAGACGAAGCUCAAGCCGCGGCUCUCGCUGUCUCUGGGAGGGGGCAGGCUGCGGGCGAAGAGGCUCAGAGCGCGGGGGAACUAAGCGGCAGUAACGAGGGCGACCCGUGCCUUGCAAGUCUCCGCAACGGCGCGCCAGGCGCGAAGUCCGGAGAGGAAAGCGCCGCUUUCUCGAAAGGGCUUCACGCAAAGGAAGCAGACAGCCAGGCAGGGCUCGCAGAAGCCCUGCGGAGCCUGCAGUUCGAGCUGGAGUCCGUGAGGGCGCAGCAUGCCUGCGAGAAACGCCGGCAGCAGCGACAGAUGCAAGAUCUCAAAAUACUCUGCGUCAAGGAGAAGACGAAACGGGAGAAGGCCGAGGUGGAGUGCCAGCGUCUCAUGGCGGAAGCCCUGGAGCAACAGCUCCUGGAGCUCCACCAGCGCCAGCAGUCUGCUGUCGAGGAGGGCGCGUUUUCGUCUUAUGUUGAACCUAGCUUCCCACUGGGCGGGGAGCCUCUCGCGCUCUCUCCUGACGCGACGCGAAGCGGGGAGGAAAGCCAGAAGGAUUCUGGCGAGCAACAGCUGAGCGGCCCCCGAGCCGAGGGCCGCAGGGCUGCGGACGCCCUCGGGGCGACUGCUCCCUUUCGCGAGGAGGAAGCCAGAGGCCGAAGCGAGGAGGACGCACAUGCGAAACAGACGCGGUUCGCAGGCGCCGACGCCCACGCAGCGACCCUUGAAACAACUCUGCGCGAAGUCCAAGAUGCGUACGAUCGGCUUAAAGACGAAUUUGAGCAGCUCACUCUUGCGCAGAGUCUUCUCCAGAAUGACGUUGCGAGGAAGACGGAGAUCAUCGCCCAUCUCGUGAAAAAGUAUGCUCUCAAAGAAGAUACCUUCAGAGGCCCAGUGUCUUCUUCGUUCUCUUCUCCGUUCGGCUGGAGAAAGCUGGCCGCAGCAGCCGCCGAGGCGGUCGCAGGCGCUGGGAGCUCCGCGUCUUCGCUGUCGCUCGAGGAGAUGCAGAAAGCCGUGGAAGAAACCCUCCUCGAGAACAUUCGGCUGCGCACAGACCUCGCGACGCUGGCAGAAGAUUUUGAGCGCUUUCUGAGGGCGCAGCGAGAAGCAGAAGAGAAACGAAGUGCUGCGGUGGCUUCUUCCGCGCAUGCAUCGCCCGGCUCCUCUAUUGGAGACGGGAAUGCGUCAAUCCGCGACUAUACCGCCACUUCUCGUGCCGAGCAAAAGUCGCGCUCGAGGUCCUCGCGUGGAGAAAGCCCGUACCGAGGGUCGACAGCAGGACUCUCGAAUGGUCUUCUUCCGCGCUCUUCGCCGGGGAACAGCCCCAGUGAACGUGAGAAACGAGAGGAACUCCAAGAAGGCAGCCCGCGAGGCGUGGAAGAUGCGCACAAGGAGGACGGAGCGACAUCAGAUCCACCGCACGACGCCAGGAGGCGGCCGAGCCUCAGUCUCUGCGGCCCAACUGAGGAGGAGGAGGAGGCGGCGACCGCCGCAGACGGAAAGAAAGAGAAGGGGCUUCUGUUGAGUGCGGCGUCCCCGAAGUGGCGCGAUCGGUCCCUGGCAUACGAAGCGGGAAAUGGGAUGGCGUUGUUUAAUGGAGACCUGAAAGAGGGAGAUGGUAGUGCUUCGCCUGUCUCGGAUUUGGAAGCCCACAGUGAGGUCAUUCUCUUUCGAGCGGACGCGUGA